AUGGACCAACGCGACAAUCUGACCGGAGCCGCGCCUCACAGUAACUCCCCCCCGGCUGGCCAGCCGGCCACCGAGCCGCCGAGCAGUUCGGCCACCACCAACCCCGCCGCCGCCGCCGGUACUUUCAGUGAUGGCGACAGCCUGGCGGGGCAGAUCGCGGAGGAUCCCGCCGAGGGUGUGUUUGUGUCGAACCCCCUGGCGGCCGGCGGCCCGACGCCGACGCCCCAGCUGCUUGCCUCGCUCGCCCGGGCCGGCAGCACCACCAGCCUCGGCUCGACCCUCCGACGUCCAGGUGCCGGGGGCGACGACAGUGCGGAAGCCUCGGUCCGGCGGGCCUUCAGCCUGAAUCGACUGCGGGCCGGCGGCGAGAUGGCCGGAUCGCCGGAAGUCGGGGCCCCGGGGCCGCCGUCGGAACCCAAGGCCGAGGACCCGGCAGCCGCCACGGCUGCCGUGGCUGACCAUGAGACCGAUCAGCUGCUGCACGGUCUAGCCGGGGCCGGGAAGGUUCCCCCCCCGCCGGGGGCGGCCCCGGCGCCCGGGCGCCCCUUCACCACGGUGGACCUGCUGCAGGCGUCCAUCCGGGAGACACGCCUGCAUGAAUUGGCCCUCGAGCGCGGCCGGCUGCAGAUCUCGCAGCGCAGCCGUCUGGCCGGCUGGCUCUUCAAGACGUGGACCGUCUCCCAGGAGGGGGUGGCCCUCUUCAUAGCCGGGAUCAUCAUCGCCUUUGUGGUAUGCUUCCUGGAGCUCUCGCGCGACUGGCUGAGCUCCCUUCGGCGGGGGUACUGCGCGCGAGCCACGCAGUUCUGGCUGGACCAGGAGGCCUGCUGCGCGGUGGCCGCGGCCCUGGCCCAGGGCACGUCCGUGAGCCCCGGCGGCGGUGGCCAGCUCCUGGCCCCGGUGUCGCCCGUGUCCGAGGGGAUUGUCGUCGUGCUGGAUACCCCCUGCCCGGACUUCGUCACCUGGGCCGAGAUCAUCGGGUCCAACCAGUCUGGGCUCCUGCUGCUGGUGCAGCUGGCCUUUGCGUAA